AUGAACGAAUCGUUCACGAACGACACAUCACUAUUAUGUUGUAGCAACGAACCACGCAACGAGAAGAGCGGAGCGCAUGUUUAUAUUGAUAUUAGCUUGCUAGCUUGCCAGUUACGGGUAGAGCUAACUGUAGUGAACUGAGCAACAGGAACAACGGUAUGAACCACGCAAUGUUAUUAUUCUUAAGCUUUCUGGAAACAGUCAACCUAGCUACAGUAGAGCUAGCUAAUACCUAGCUAAGCAAUGUCUGCAAUCAGCAGUCUGGUCCCAGCACGAUUCCUGACGCUCAUAGCUCACCUCGUUAUCGUUGUCACAAUCUUCUGGUCACGGGAAAACAAUGUCCUAGCCUGUCUUCCUCUGGAGUAUACAGAAGAAGAAUAUAAGAACGAGGACACCAAAUUGGUGGUGGCACUGGCGGUAACCCUGGGCCUGUUUGGUGUAGAGCUGGCUGGCUUCCUGUCUGGUGUCUCCAUGUUUAACGGCAGCCAAGGCCUCCUGUCCAUCGCAGCUCACGCUAGCGCCUCAGUGGCUCUGCUGUUCUUUCUGUUUGAGCAGUGGGAAUGUGACAUCUACUGGUGGAUCUUUGCCUUCUGCAGUGUUCUUCCAGCAUUUGUGGAAAUCAUCCUCUUCAUUGCAGUAUUUGGACUGAAGAAAAAGGCACUUUAACAGCCAUUGGGAGAGACCUUUUUAAUGUGUCGUAGGAGCGUAGCAUUGAAGAUGCAACUAUGGAACUCUUGGAAGUAUGACCCAAAUUUGGGAAGGAAACCAGAUGCGUGCGACGGAGGAGCCGACUAUAUACAGAGGCAGAGUUCUUCAAUAAAAUGCCAUGGGUUCAACUGGAUGUAGAGACAUUUCUGGCUAAAUAUAUCUUCAUAAAGUCUCAGUCAACCCUGUUUGUACUGUCUAACACCCAUUCCUGUUCCGUGUGACUAAGAUGAACGAUGUGGAUGGCUGUUGCUGUAUCAACGUGUUGUGUUGCAGAUUAUUUUUUUAUUUUUUUUACUAAUACAAAUAAAGACUAAAGUGUGACGGUU